AUGGCCUCCUAUCAUUCCCAGCCCUACCAGAGCCAUGCCGCCCAACCUCGGCCUGUAACUUCAUACAGCCCGGUUGCUGCAUUGAAUGCACCGGCUGGGACAUUUUUGCCCAACACCAAAGUCCAGGUUGGUAGCCACCGAGUCGUCGUUGAGAAAUACCUAUCCGAAGGUGGAUUCGCCCAUGUCUACGUCGUACGUCUUUCGCAGCCCGUCGAUGGCUCCGAUAAGGCGGUUUUGAAGCGAGUGGCCGUUCCAGAUAAGAUUGCACUUGCCAACAUGCGCACCGAGGUCGAGACAAUGAAGAAGCUGAAAGGCCACCGCCACAUUGUCAAGUACAUUGACUCCCAUGCGUCCCAGCUCAAAGCCGGCGGAUACGAAGUGUUCCUUCUGAUGGAAUACUGUGCGGGUGGAGGAUUGAUUGAUUUCAUGAAUACGCGGCUGCAAAACCGUUUGACGGAACCAGAGAUUAUCAAGAUCUUUUCCGAUGUGGCCGAAGGUGUUGCUUGUAUGCAUUACCUUAAGCCUCCUCUACUGCAUCGAGAUUUGAAGGUGGAAAAUGUUCUCAUCUCUCGUCAUGGGAAUUCCGUUAUUUACAAGGUCUGUGAUUUCGGGUCUGCUGCUCCGCCGCGCCCUGCCGCUACCUCGGCUGCAGAAGGUCGCUUGAUUGAGGACGAUGUACAACGACAUACAACCUUACAAUAUCGAAGUCCGGAGAUGAUUGACGUUUAUCGCAAACAACCGAUUGAUGAGAAGAGUGAUAUCUGGGCGCUGGGAGUCCUCCUGUACAAGCUCUGCUACUACACCACACCAUUUGAGGAGGUUGGACAGAUGGCGAUUCUCAAUGCUUCCUACAAGUUCCCUUCAUAUCCUCCAUUUUCGAGCCGGCUGAAAAUGCUAAUCUCCUCGAUGCUUCAGGAGAGCGCGCAAAAGCGCCCAAAUAUAUACCAGGUUCUGCGUGAAGUCUGCCAAAUGCAAGGAAGAGAAGUGCCGAUCAAAGAUAUCUAUGCCCAUCGCUCGACUUCGGAAGCACGCCGAUACCAGGAGCUCCCGCCAUCCCCAACAGAAGCACCGCAAGUAGGUGCCGUAUUUUCUCCGCCUAUCCAGGAGACUCAGAUUAGCAUUCCUGAGAUUGCUCCGAUGCGUCGUGGGCGGCCAACGAGACCUGAUGCCUCUCAACACAACUCCGCACGUCCAAGUCCAUCGCCCUUCCGGGGAGCAUCCACAGAUCCGUUCGCUGCGCUGGAUGGUAAAAAGCCUCAAGAGCCCGGCGAUGAAUUCUCGGAUAGGUUCCCUUCGCUCGACCAGUUUAACAUCUUGCACGAGACGAAAAGCAAGUUCGAUUUUGAGCCGAGUACCGCAGAUCGAAACGAGGACGAAAGACUUGCUCAAAGGCUUACCAAUGCCCUGGCCGAUGAGGCGUUUGCCAAGCGCUCGCCACUGCCUCGAGAGACUGCCUCGGAGCCUGCCAGCAGUCACACGCAACCGCCAACAUUGAAGACCUCGUCUCCUGUAGAAUACAAUCAUUAUCGCGAUGAGUCCUCGAGGCAAGCACCGCUUUAUCAACCAGCACCACAAAGGCCUACCAUGGUCUCCACCGGUACCAUGACCUCACCGCCACAAAGUCCAGGGCUGUCGGAGUUGAAACCACCCAGUCGUCCAAUCUACAGGUUCCCGUCGUCGGAGAAACAGCCGCAAAUAUCAGACAAUGAAAAGAGAAAAUCCAGGUCGGGCGUAUCGCCUGUCUCGUCGAAGUUGGAGGUAGACCCGAGGAUCUCCUCAGACAGACUAUCCAAUGUAUCGGCAUCCCCGCAACCUUCGAUGGAGGCUCUUCGGCCGUUGCAGCCGGAAGCUGACCACUCCUUGCCUCGAUCAAGAUCCUCCAACAAUAGGUCUCGCCCCGUAUCAAUGCACGCAGGCACGAAGCUUGAGCUUCCGCCACGUGCCGCGGACAGCGCUCGCUCAUCACUUGAUUCGCCAAAAUCACCUUAUGAUGAUGGGUUGCCGCUGCAGCAUGCGCGGACUGAAGUGGACUAUGAUCGAAGUAAUAUAUCCUCGGAUGUAGAUUUUUUGCGGGCGAAGGAGGAGGAGUCUAUUCGGAAGCGCGAGAAGCGUUAUAGCGGGAGUUCUUCGAAACAUACGAAGCGCUCCAGUCUGUCAACAUUGUCUCUUUCCGGUACUAAGACACUACUGGCGGGUCGGUUUGGUGACGCCUUCCGCCGCUUCGAGGGGAGCCAAGACAACAAAGCUCAGUCUCCGGGCAAGGAAGACUUUCCCAAGCCAUUACUGUCCCCAGUGCCGGGCUCUGAAACGGCCGGUGAAUCCAUCAUUUACCCAGGUGAUGAUGAUGAUGAUGAUGAUGAUGACGACGACGACAUCUCACCUGAGAUGCGCCGUGAGCUCGAACGCCGGCGUCUCUCGCAGGAAGAGAAGCGUGUGGCCAAUGCUGCUGCCGAAUACCGCCGCCGAGUGGCUGAGCAAGGAGAGGGAGGCAGGAGAUCGGCGAACGACGUGACCCGCUCCCCUGCAAUCUUGAAUAGGGUGCAAACGCUACUUGGUGAAGCCAGCAAGCCUCCACCACCAAAAACCGCCACAGGAUAUGGGAAAUAUACGGAAUCUUCCGAUCCUGCUUUGCAGGCAAAGCAGCAGGAAGGGCAACCACGACCCAACACACGUGGCGGUGCUGCACCUCCUUCAGCGCCGAAACAAGAAAUACCAUCAGCAGGAUAUGCGGCCACACAGCGCACGGGGCCGCGGCCUGCAGCGCCUCCAAAGCCGCAGAGCCUCCGUAGCGGAAAUACUGGCACAGACCCAACCGCACUCAGCGGCUUUGAUCGUCUCCCAAACCAACCAGCACAAGGAAUCCCCGCAAGCCCAGGCGAUGACUGGGAGAAGAACUUUAGCCGGCGAUUUCCGAGUCUUUCUGGGCUAGAAAUGGUAGAGACAGAGAUCGAGGCGCCCAAAUUCCCGACCGUGCGGACCAAGGAAGUGUAAGCUAUCCGUGCCAUCGCCUGCACAUACUUUCAUCAUUCUGCUUAGAUUAGCCAUACAUUGUUUCUUCCAUUCAUUUGGGUCUUUGGUGCUCGGAGCGGGGUCGCAUAUGUAUUGCAGGAAUUGACCAUAUCUGCUUUGUUUAUGUUGGUCUGAUAGACCGGUUUUAAUGUCCGCUGUGUACAUGUACCUAGCAUACUUAUAUAUAACCCCAGAUCCAUCUGGGAUGAUUUCGAGG